UGUCUUAGUUUUAUUAACUAGGUUGUUCUACUCGUUUCACCUAUUCAGUUCGGUUAAUUAAGUGUAAAAUGGACAAGAAAUAAGAUAUAUAGAAAUAUAGAAACUAUUAUUACUGUACUGUACAAAGGAACAAAUGGAGACAAGUAAUUAUUUAAACGAACUGUGGAGUCUUCAUACUUCUCGGGGUAAUCUUUCAAGCUUGUUUCAAUACUUAGAGGAAUUUGUUGGUGCUUAUGCUCCGUUAGUUGAACAUGAUUUUAAUGCAAAAGAUGUCAAGCAAAUGAACAUACCGACUGGCAGUUGUUACCGAAUACUUGCCGACAAAUCAAUUCUGCUCGACCAUUUACCAUCUGGUCUACUACAGCUAAUACAUACACGGCUUAUGUUGCUACAAGAUCAAUGUUCGGUUGAAUUUACAAUCGCAGAUGUUCGUUUAUCCACAUAUCUUGUCCAAGCACUUAUUGUAGUGUGCAGGACAGGCAGUCUUGCAUUGAUUAAUCUUUCAUCCAGUAUUAUCGGGCAUGUUAUUGUAAUAUCAUCGCAAGUAGUUGCAAUGUUAAGAAAAGGUGAGUUCAGUAAGAAUGUGCGUAACCACGAAAACUUGAAAGAUUUCAUGAAAACUUCUCUUCAUUUUCUUCAAUCAAUUUACGAUCCUGAAUUAAUUUGGAAGAAAUGUGUGGACGGAGAUAAAACUGAAGCAACAGCUAAUACCAACGUUCCGCUUAUAAAUGCUGAAAUUGUUCCUUUCUUUUAUGAAACCCUUCAAAUCCACACAGGAGCUCUUACCAACACCCUACAGCGUCAAUUGCUCAACACUUUUGGUUCCAUCUUGUGUGGUUCGAAACGAAAUGCUCUUCUUAUCACCUCUGCAACUACACUGGAAAUAUUACUCAAGUUUUUAAGUGAGUACAUGGGCCUCGAAAGUGAAUCUAAGGAAGAUACGGAAACAUCGAUGACAACGGAUGUUGAUAGCGCUCGCUUGGUGUUGAAGAUUAUUGUUGAGAUGAUUCAUACACUGCAUAAUGCUGGUCGUGAACAGUGUCAACUUGAUGUUUCAACAAUACUUGGUGAAUAUUUUAAACUACUAACCAAAGCAAGUUCCGAACCAGACAUGCAAGUUAUGCUAUUAGGUUUUUUACCUGACAUAUUGGAAACAUUGGACAGAGCAGCAUUACAGAUGAUGUUACUUAACCAUGGUUGUCUUGAUCAUCUAAAAGCUGUUUUGGAAAACUUUAAAUCUCGUUGUGGGGAAACGGUCACAAAAGCUCAAUCGGAUGAAUUCGCUGUUAAAUUCGUAAACAUCGUUAAUUCCCUCGUGGCUGGAUCCAUGAGCGCAAAGGAUCAGUUUAGCCGUCUCCUUGGAACGCGGCUUAUGCUUGAUCAUUUCAAGGUCAUUUGCAUUCCCUCCAAAGAUAUUUUCUAUGCACUCCUCAGGAUGGGGGUUGAGACGGAUAUCGCAAUAUUAUCGAACCCAAUCAAAAACGUCUUCAUUAUUCUAAUGUUGUUUGAUUGGUUGCCAGAAAUAAAGCAGUCAGAGCAACAAGUAUGGUUAUCCUCCAUGUUAAACACCUUGUUUACUUCAUGCACUGCAAAUAAAAUACUUGCCGGCCAUUGCAAGAUACUUUCUAAGAUAAUUGUAAUGUUAAUACAAUAUCAAGACCUACACGAGCAGACGGUGUUAAAUUUGCUGAGUUUAACUGAGAAGUUGGGUUCUUAUUCGAUCACUCCACGACAAACGGCAGCACUUGUUGAACUUAUGAGACAAGAUUCGCCCAGACACCCUCAUAUGAACAAAUAUUUUGACAACAUUAUGAAAUGUUUAUCAAAAAUGUCGUCAAAAGAACCUUCUGAGCAAAAACCUGGAUAUUUCUUUGAUUUACAAGAUAGCACAUCGGGAAUCACAGCACCCACUAUUAAAAAGUGGGGAGGGUCAGGUUUUAGUUUGCAUUGCUGGGUUUGUUUGGAGUUCAUACCAUCUGUUCUAAGGGGGAGGAAAAGACGGCAACUAUACAGUUUCUCUACAGACCAAGGCACUGGUAUGGAAGCUUUCUUCACCCCUGACUGUCAACUUGUAGUUGCUGUUAGUACAAAGAAGAAUUAUUACACUGUGAUGUUGAAUGAAUAUCCACUUGCUGAUAAUAACUGGCAUUGUGUGCAAAUUACUCACCAACCUGCAAGGAAAAUGUUCGGUUCAAACGGAUUGUUACAAAUAUAUAUCGACGAUAGUUUGAAACUCUCUACUUCCCUCAGAUUCCCCACUUUAUCAUCUGCAUUCACCUUAUGUAACAUUGGAUCAUCGGGUCAUCGUACGACGGGAACUCCAACCACUUCUACUUCAUUUGCUUUUGCCAACGAAAACAAUUCAUCGAAUGCGGACAGAGUGGUCACCAUUGACAACGGGAGUCAGGAUGAAAUAUGGGGGCAAGCUACCUCGCUGUUGGGGCAACUUGGUCCAGUUGCCGUGUUUAACGAUGUUUUAAAAGACACACAACUUAAAUCCAUGUAUGCGGCAGGCCCUGAUAUGUGGCAAACCAACCGAACUACUGAUUCCCCGUUUGAUGACGUUCCACCAUCAAAGAUUGUGCUUUACUAUGAAGCUAAGGCUUGCUACAGACACACAUGUAGGGAUCUAUCUUCUAAUGAACCUCCAAGGAAUGGAACACUCACUGGCCAUAAGAUAUUUACAUGGGAUGUAAAGGAUUCCAUUAACUGCAUAGGAGGUGUAAAGGUGCUCACUCCUUUGUUAGAAGUUAUCCACUCAAGGUACAUGAAUGACAUGAAUUCAGCUGAGAAGAAAAAUGAGGAUUACUGUUUGGAUGACUCAUUUGAAGUUGGCAUCUUGGCCAACGCCCCUACUUCAAACCCUGUUCGUAACUUCCUGACCAUGUUGACCAACUUCACCACUAGUAGCAGCUCAUUGAAAGGAUUCCAUUCAAUAAACUCUGAAAUGAUGAUCAAGAGUUCAACUAUCGCUACAAUUGGCGCUCUGCUACAAAAGCUUCCUGUAAGUUUAUUGGAUUCUGAACUCCUAUCAUCUUUACAACACAUGGUACAAACAUCAAGAUCUUAUAAAAGCACAGGGAAUGCCAUUCUUAUGGAUGUUUAUCAAUAUCUACUGUUUGAUUUCCGCAUCUGGUGUCUGGUUGGUCCUGAUCUACAAUACGAACAUAUUCAAUAUCUAUCCACGCUCAUUAAAGAGGAGAAGAAGGAUUUCCGAUCAACUUUUGGCGUUCAAUAUUUUCUUGAUGUUAUUAAGACUUACUACUGCUCUCCUGAUCCGGAUGUAGACGAUGUCAAUGCUCGCAACAUCCGAUCCUCCCUGCUAGGAUUAAUCAAGUAUUACAUCACUGAUGAUGUCACCAUGGAUGAGGUCAUGGCGUUGUUGAAUUUUAUCUCAACGGCAAAAAGUUCGAAUGAAAUGCAGAUAUGUGAGAUUUUGAACCUACUCAAAUCACUAUGGAUGUGCCAAUGUCGCGACCAGCUAUGUACAUUACUAUGCGAACCAAGAUGUGCUUCUUGUUUUUAUGCUUUACUUGGAAUCCCUGAUUUUCCUGACAAAGUCAGAAUAGGUGUAUGUGAGUUCUUCAUUUUAUUAUUCAAAGCUCGUAAAGUUGGUGAAAAACAUAAAAACCUUCUAAAACAAACCUCUGUUGGAUUACAUGGGAUAUUGUGGCAACUACAAGAUGCCGGAGUGUCGCCUCAACUUGCUGCGUUAUGGGUGGAUAUUGCUGUCGAAAUUGAUUGUGACAGCGCUACUUUCAUUGCAAUUCUUCAUUUACUUCAUGAAAGCACAGCUGCUGUGAAGAAAUAUGCUUGCCAACGAUUUCUAACUUUGGCUUAUUCCAAAACUUCAUUUCUAACCGAUUGUGCCAAGCAAAAGGAUUGGCAGAAAACCAUGGCGAGGUUGUUUAUAUUGGAGCCUGACCGUACCUCUCAAUAUCAAGGGCGAUUAACGAGUUGUCCAUCAGACCUUGAUCUUUCAAACAUAGAAAUCAACGACGUUUCGGAGACUGAUGGUUCAGUUGCUGCUUAUGGUUCCAACUUAGACAACUCAUCAAUUACAAAACUACCUUCUGAAAACUUGAGUGAAUUUCCCUCAUCUGUGUCACUGGGCCAGCUAUCAUCUAAGCAUCGACCUAAUGAGCUCCACCUACCCUCAGUAGGGUCGCUGUAUGACCCCAUGACCCUUUCACCUACGUUUGACCUCUCACCUCAUGAGAUGGGAAAGAAACACAGCAUAUCUAACGGAUCGGCUGUAUUCUCUGACUGCGACACAAUAAAUGAAUAUGUGGUGGUUAAAUGUAAUGGAACGAAACUUGAAGGCGAUCUUGUUGACCUGCUUGUUGAAGGUGUCUUCCUUCUUAUGUGGAGGGGUGUUAAAGGAUCUUCAAAGGCAGCUUGGAUGGAGCGAGGUCAGAUGCUUGCUUCACUUACCAACAUAGCUGAAUGCUACACGCUUAUAUGCGACUGUGACAAAAUAAAGGGAUCUAUCCUCGAACAUUGCGUGGAAGCCGCGUUAAGCGAUAUGAGGGAAGUUAAUUAUUCAAAAGAUGCUGAGUCGUCGGAAAAUGGUGCCGAGCUCAUCAGGUUUAUUUACGACUUUCUUGAAAACGAGGGAGAGAAGAAUUUGGAUUUGUGGACUGGGAAGCUUAUGGAGAAUUUGUAUGCCUUGUAUGAUGCUAUGUCUGUAUGGGAGGUCAACCUUGUACAAGGCAGUGAAUGGAAGGAGAUGGCCAGCAUUGGGUUGAAACUUCUCAUCGGUUGCAUUAAAACAAACAACCUUGAAAUAGUUGCUAUGGCUUCAGCUAAACUUCAUAACCUCAUCCAUUCACGAGAACCAGCUUCAACUAAAGAAGUUUGUUAUUUAUUGGAAGGUCUUCAUGAAUCUGUGUGCCAUAGUAUAGUAGAGGAUAGCAACGUGAAGGAAUUCGUGGUGCCACUUAUUCGAGAUCUGCUUGAUAAAAACUUUGAGAGGUUAACCAUGGGACCUUACCUAUCCGAGCUACCCCCUACCACUGGCAGUCAUCGGUUCUUUGAUGAUUUCUUGGAAUAUUGUCAAUCGAAUGAAUGGACCACGUUCAUAUCUGCUUGUGUUGAACCCAACUCAUCUGAGUACAUCACACAACAAUAUUCCGAACUUUCAACCUCCAUGAAGAUUUUUUGGGAACGAGCGAUGGAGCAAUGUAACGUUGAUCACCACACUAGGUGGCGAGAGAGAGGGGAGAUGAGGCUUCGCUUCAAAGCUCAAUUUGAAUCGGAUUUUUUCGCUCAACGUGAAAGUGAGGAAGAUCGUCAAAGUAAGAAUAGUAAGUCGCUGUACAACCAGAUGGUGGCAGUGUUGAGACAGUGGAGGGCUGCAAAGAGGUUCCUCGCAAGUGAACGGGGAUUGUGGAGGGAAAGAAACCCAGGUCCAACAUAUUGGAAAUUAUCAAACAAUGAAAAUUUCUCUCGCAUGCGUCUUAAACUUACCGAGAAUUAUAACUUCGAUCCACACGAGGCCGCUAGUAGAUUACGAGACAAUCUUGCCCCCAACGAAAUAAAAGACAACCCGACCCAGGAAACCACUCUAGUACCCCCUAGUGCCGUGUUAUCAUCAUCAGAGUCAUCGAAGGAAGAUGAUGGGGUGGGAGACGAGGAUUGGAGUAUGCUUGCUCCUAAUGCAAAUAAUCUUAUGGAGGAACAAUCCACGAAAGAAAAGUUGGUGUUGACGGCUGAAUGUCACCUUGUUACGUUGAUGGACAUCGUUCAAGGGAAACUUGAGAUAUCAACCACUCAUGUUUAUUUCUAUGAUAAAUCAACAGCCACUGAUGAAGAUUCCAUGAAAGCAGGUGCAGAGAUGGGAAUGGACUUUAAAUGGUCGCUCUCUCAGUUACGUGAAGUGCAUUUCCGUAGAUAUAAUUUACGCAAGAGUGCAUUGGAGUUAUUUCUGAUCGACCAAACCAACUAUUUCAUCAACUUUGAACAUCCGAACAUUAGACAUACUGUGUAUAAAGCUCUGUUGAGUGUGAGACCUCCUAACCUGCUCUACUACGGCACAAGGACACCUCAGGAGCUGCUGAAGGCUUCAGGUUUAACACAGAAGUGGGUACAAAGAGAAGUGAGCAACUUUGAUUAUCUCAUGCAACUCAACACCAUAGCUGGUCGAACAUAUAAUGAUCUCAGUCAAUACCCAGUGUUUCCAUGGAUAUUAACAGACUACACAUCUGAGAAACUUGAUCUUGACAAUCCUGACAUUUAUCGAGAUUUAUCAAAACCUAUCGGGGUGCUGAAUGAAAAGAAUGAAAAAGCGAUUCGAGACAGAUACGAUCAGUUUGAGGACCCGGUUGGAGUGAUCAAGAAGUUUCACUAUGGUUCCCAUUACUCUAAUGCAGCCACUGUGUUGUUUUACAUGCUACGUAUGGAGCCAUUCACAACGUUACAUAUACAACUGCAGGGGGGAAGAUUUGAUUUAUCUGAUCGUCAGUUCCACAAUUUACCAGCUACGUUCCAAGCCAUGUACGAGACAAGCAACGAUGUGAAAGAACUUAUACCAGAGUUUUUCUAUUUGUCCGAAUUCCUGGUUAAUUCCAAUGAUUUUGACUUGGGCAAGUUACAAUUCUCCAAAGAAACUGUGAACGACGUCGUUUUACCAAAGUGGGCAAAAUCUGCAACAGAUUUCACGUUUCAGCACAGGAAAGCAUUGGAAUCUGAUUAUGUUUCAAACAAUCUUCACCAGUGGAUUGAUUUAAUAUUUGGUUACAAACAAAGAGGGGAAGAAUCAGUGAAAGCUUGUAAUGUAUUUUACUACUGCACGUAUGAAGGAGCUGUUGAUUUGAACGCCAUUUCCGAUCCCAUUCACCGCAAAGCAGUGGAAGGAAUGAUCAACAACUUUGGUCAAACUCCCACCCAGCUCCUGUAUGAUCCUCAUCCGCACAGGAUGACGAGGGAAGAAGCUGAGAAGAAAGUUGCCGGGAGGAUCAUGUCAACGCUUAAUGUUGGGGAUGUAAGAGCUCCCAAUGUACUCGAACAACCGGAUCAGUUAAAGGCUUUCUUUGUUGAGAUAAUGGAGAACAGCAAUGACCCGCUUAUCUACGUGAGUGUUCCAAAGAACCAAUCACAUUCAUUCAUGCAAUCUGGUAUGCCUGAUGCCAUGGUUACCGUGAGUGAAAGUGGCGUGAUAGGAACUCAUGGUUGGCUACCAUAUGAUCGCAGUAUCACCAAUUAUUUCACAUUUGAGAAAGAUCCAGCUGUUGGCCACAGUCGACUACAGAAAUCAGUGAAAGGUUUAUGGUCACCUGGUCUCCAUCUAUCUGCCAAUCUAUUCCUUGUAACGCAUGAUGCCAAGUAUUUAUUCGUGGGUGGAUACUGGGACAACAGUAUUCGAAUCAUGACCAUAAAAGGGCGUACCAUCACGUGCUUGGUCCGACAUCUGGAUGUGGUGACAUGUCUAGCAUUGGAUCACGGUGGAACGUCCAUGAUAUCAGGAUCAUAUGAUACGACAAGCAUCAUAUGGAAGGUAAACCAACAGAGUGGUGCAGCUAACAACAUCGGAGCCCAACCCUUGCAUAUAUUAUAUGGUCAUGAAGAUGUAGUUACAUGCGUGGUCGUUAAUUCAGAACUCGAUGUUGCUUUGUCGUCAUCCAAGGAUGGCACAUGUGUGAUACACACGGUGCGCAAAGGUCACUAUGUGCGCACCAUACGCCCGAUAUCAAACAACCCCCAACACUUCACUGUUCCUUCCAUUGCGUUAUCUGAAGAAGGGAAGAUUGUUCUUUAUGCGAGGAGUAAGAAGGAAUGUGGGGAGGAAAAACAUUUCCUACAUCUUUAUUCGAUAAAUGGACGACAUAUUGCUCUCGACUGCUUGGAGUCUAGGUUAGGUCACAUGACUGUGUGUGGAGAGCACUUAGUGACCGGCGAUGUGCAUGGGGUUCUCAUCGUUCGUGAGUUAUUCAGCUUUUGUGAAAUCUCUCGCCUUUCUCUCUACCGACCAAUCGCGUGUGUUUACGUCACGAAGGGAAUGACGCACAUCCUCGCAUGUUUACGUGAUGGUAAGCUUAUUAUAGUCGGGGUGGACAAGCCCGCCAAAGCUAGGGGGCUUUUCAACACGUAACGAUGACGUCGCAGUCUUGUUUUCACUAUUUGAUGACGUCACACAUUACGUAAGCACUCGAAACGUAACCGAACCAGGGAAUUUAAUCGACCAGCAACGGCUGCAUGAACACCAACCACGUAUGUGUAAAACUCAUUAUUUUUCAUUGUGUUACGAAUGCACUUACGUACCCAUUUACCGCGCAAUCAUAUUAACGAGGAGCCGUAGCGGUCGGUUUCCAAAACCCACGAUUUCAUAUUUUCAAACUUUUAUUCUUUUGUUUUUUCGCAAUGACGUCAUGUGAGCAAACUGACGUCACUGAUGACGUCAUACCGGUUGAAGUAUUCACCUAUCUAUUGUAACUCAUUCCUUUUUAGAAUCAUUUUUUUACAAUUUUAACCACAGUGUGUAUACGAUGACGUAACACAGUCACUUGAUGACGUAAUACCUAUCACGUAACCGACUAUAGAUGACGUAUUGUUUAUAGGGUUAAAAAUUAUUAUACUACGAUUUAAGUUUAAGUUGCCACGUUGAACGUAAAAUAAUUACAAUCAAAAGUUAAUUAAAUCUCAAAUCAGCAUUUACUUAUCUGCACCAAAUGAAUAUGUGACGUACAUACUUAGCCAAAUAUUAAGCAUACAAUGCACUAUAUAUACCAACCAACUAAAUUGUUAGUGCAAUAAGAUACAAAAUGGCGGUUCUUGCUUUUAUUGUGGCCUUAAUGUUGAUAACGUUAUAUUUGCACGAGGGUACGCGGUACAAUGCCUUUCAAUGCAACCUGCGUUUCGUGUUUAUGAUGCAUAUUAUUAUUAUUUAUUGUGGAGAUGUAAUAUAUAUAAUAAAUGCAUUCAAUAUCGCU